UCCCACGACGGCGGAGUCGGAGCAACGGGGACCUGCGCUUUCAAUAGCCUGGAUUAAGACACGUCAGAUGUAUUGAGCCUGGUCUUUAUUCUCUCCAGGGGCACACCAAAACGGAUUGUAAUUUUACUCCAUAAAAAUGACUGAUUAUGUUGCUGAUGCUGAAUGGAUCACCUGACUCUUCAUUUUUGUUUGAAUGGGAAUCUGGCAAAAAUAACGUACAGACUGCGCUACCAAGGGAUUUCACUUUGAAGAAAAAAUCAAGUUUGCCUUACCGCCAUAAAAUCCAAUCAGACUUAUUAUACACCCUGAAUAAUUAAGCUUUGCCUUAUAAAAGUGUACCGUUUCAAAAACGAAUGGUCUUUCCUUCAUACCGAGGACCGAAAUAUUCCCACUCAAUGUCUAGAUAUUGAGAAUUAUCAGUGCCUUAGCCUACUUCUGUUGUCGCCGAAUAGUUGAUAGUUCUUUUAAGGAGGUCGAGAGUCGUUAUAGUCGCUUAGCGCGAGGCAUGGUACUGGAUCCCACUCGUCUAGGAGCAGAGCCCCAGCUCCAACCGGAUGACCGUUUUUUCUUCUGGGACAACUCGAGACGCAAACGGAGAUGAUGGCCGCACUUUAUCGUUUACUUGUCUGCUACGUGUGCCUGCUUCACACUAUUGCCGAGGAGGUUCAAAUCCCUCAAGAACUCAUCGACAGACUCUCCAACAGUGAAAUCCGCAGCAUUAGUGACCUCCAGCGGCUGUUGGACAUGGACUCCUUAGAGAAUGAGGUGGUUCAGGAGACCAAGAAGAGAUACCACAAGGACUCGCACCACGGUUACCAUGGCAGUGACCUGAAGAGCUACCAGACGCUGUCUAGACGCAAGCGAAGUGUCGAGGAGGCGGUGCCAGCGUCGUGCCGGACGCGGACGGUCAUCUACGAGAUCCCGCGGAGCCAGGUGGACGCCAGCGCCGCCAACUUCCUGAUCUGGCCGCCGUGCGUGGAGGUGAAGCGCUGCACGGGCUGCUGCAACACCAGCAACAUGCGCUGCCAGGCCUCGCGCAAGCAGCACCGCAUAGUCAAGGUGGCGAAGGUGGAGUACGUGCGGCGGGUGCGGAGGCCCAAGCUGCGGGAGGUGCAGGUGAAGCUGGAGGACCACCUGGAGUGCGUGUGCACCUCGCGGCACCUCAGUGCCCACUCCGACUCAGAUGUGUGGUGAAGCGGAAUGGAGGCCAUUAUUUGCUGUGGACAUGCAUGUCAAGAACUGCCACCAUCAGUUUGAUUAUGACAAAGACUCUGCCACGAUGGCUGCAUCUUACAAUAUGAACAAUGCUAUUGCACCUAAGGACUAGCGUGAUCUACGUAUCACCCUAACUCUGCCGCCGCUGAUUGGAAAGGAUGUUGAUGGACCUGGACUAUGCAGAGAGGCUUGUGGGGACAAGAGGCGUUGGAUUGAAAGUAGACUCUCAAGAGAAAGCAGGAGCAGACGCAAGUGAGGACUGCAAAGACUGUUUCGAGGUUGUUCCCUAUAAGGGGAAGGAGACUGAUGAUGUGGUUUCUGAGAAAGUGACUGGCUGAAGAGAGGACAAAUGCUCAACUAAAAUAAUGGUCUGAAAUAAAAGCUAUGUCUACA